CUGACAUACUAUGCAUCUGUUUGAACUAGUGCUAAACUUGACACUUAAAUUCAUACAAUACUGAAUUAUGAUAAUGUUCAUGCAGACAUUUAUUUAGUCGCUAUAUAUUGUAAUAGUGAUACGUCCCGAUCAAGGAUUUGGUCCGGUCUAUAAAAAAACCCACACAAAUCAAGCAUACCCAUUUUACCGGAAAUAAAUAAAUAUGGCAACUUUUAGCCAUGCUUUCAAAGUUUCCAAGAAUUCUAAUUUAUCCCAGGUUGUAAGAUGUUGUAUGUGUAAACAUAAUAUAUAUAAAGAAAGAAGAUUACACACAGUAUCUUUCCAAAGUGCACAGUUAUAUGCACAACAUUUACCUUCUUCAUAUACACAGAAUGGAAAACAUGAUAUUAGGUUCUCACAGAUCAGAUAUAAUUCUGGAGGUGGGAAAAACUUUUUUCAGAAUAUUUUUGAAAACAUUAAAAAGGACUUUGAAAAGAACAAAGAAAUGAAAGAAAACCUGAAGAAAUUUAGGGAGGAAAGAGAGAAACUAGAACAGUCAGAUGCACUGAAACAAGCAAGAAAAAAAUUUGAAAAUAUAGAGAAAGAAACAUCUGGUCUAAAAGAGAGCUUGAAAGGAGUUAGAGAAAAGGUGUCAGAGACAUUUGAAGAAGUGCAGAAAUCCGAUAUUGGUAAGAAGGCAGGGGAGAUUACUGAAGAAUUAGGCAAGACUGCUGGUAAAGCUGCAGAGAAAAUAUCACAAUCUACACAACAUAUAUCUAAAACAGCAUCAUAUAAAACUAUAUCACAGGGUGUUAAAGCUGUAAAAGAUGAAUUUGAUGAAACCACUUUAUCAGGAGCAACACAUUAUAAACCACCAGCUAAGUUGCGGAUGAGAUCAGAGUUUGCCAUGUCAUCAAGAGACGACAGACAUGUAGAUGCUGAUGAUGAGUCAACUGGUGUGGUUCUCCAUAAAGAUUCUAAAUGGUAUCAAAGUUGGGAGAAUUUUAAAGAUAAUAAUGCUUAUAUGAAUAAGGUGUUUGAUUUAAAGAUGAAAUAUGAUGAAAGUGAUCAUUUAUUAGUCAGAGGAACAAGAUUUUUUACAGAUAAAAUGGGUCAAUUAUUUGGUGGUGUAUUUAGUAAAACAGAACUGUCUGAUGUAUUAACAGAAAUUUGUAAAGUUGAACAAGAUUUUGAUAAAGAAAGAUUUUUAAAAAUGUGUGAAAAAGAAAUAAUUCCUAAUAUUUUAGAGGCAAUUGUCAGAGGUGACUUAACAAUAUUAAAAGAUUGGUGCUAUGAAGCACCAUUCAAUGCAUUAGCAGCACCAAUUAAAGAAGUAAAGAAAGCUAAAUAUGUAAUGUGUUCUAGAGUAUUAGAUAUAAAUAACCUUGAUUUAGCUGCUGGAAAGAUGAUGGAACAAGGACCAGUAUUAGUUAUAAUGUUUCAAUCACAACAGAUUAUAGUAGUUAAAGAUCAGAAAGGCAAUGUUGUUGAAGGGGAUCCAGACAAAAUAAUGAGAGUAACCUAUGUUUGGGCUUUAUGUAGAGAUCAAGAAGAAUUCAAUCCAAGAGCAGCAUGGAAACUAUUAGACAUUUCUGCCGUAACUGGUUCACAAUUUUUAUAGCAUUGAUUCAAUCUAGGAAUUAUUUUAUAGUCUGUGCUGUGAUAACUAAAACAAUAAUGAUGUAUUUAUGUAUGUACUAUUAUAUGAAAUAUAGAAAUGCAACAAAUAAAAUUAAUAUGAUUGACCAA